UAAGUGGCAACGCCGGUAUCUAACACAACAGCUGAUCGUGCUUUGAGUUAAAUAAACGUGCGCGAAUAAUAAACAACUAUAUUAACAACCAUAUUCUUAUUUUAAAAUAAAAUAAAUAAGGAAAAAUCCGAUUAUGGCAGGGCGUGGUAGGGGUGGCAAGACAGGCACCCUCACAGCCGAGCAAAUGGCCAUGCUCGGCUGCACAAAGGACUUACCGGUGCAGACAGCGCCGCCUCCAACGUUUCCACCUGUUUUGAACCGGCCCACUACUAUUGAGACAACCGCCACACAGAACUACCAGCUGCUGUGGAAGGAGGACUUUCUUAAUCGCAUGCGAGAUUCCCCGUAUUACAUUGUCUCCGCCAGCCAGGAGUCACAAAAUCUAGAGCACAAGGACUGGCGGGAGAAAGCCAUGAAGCGGAUGAAGCUCAAGACUCAGCCCGAAUUCAACUACAAAGCCAUGCCUCAGGAAUUGAAUAUCUCCAGUCGAAAACGACGCGGCGCAGAUAUACGGCCCAAGCUGCUGACCAAGAAGACCAACAUAGAGGACCGACUGAAGGUGCUGGAGCAAAAGGAACUGAAGUCUGGCGGUGGUGAGCAGGACGAGGUCAAGCAGGAAUCCGACUCCGAACAGGAGGAGGAGCAGGAUGAUCCGGAGGCGGCGAUGGAUGACGAGAUGGACGAGGAUAACGACUACGGUGCCACCUACUUUGAUAACGGAGAAGCCUUCAACGAUGAGGACGACAAUUUGGACGAUGGUCCCGUUUAUUGAGCUAAAUAAAACCAUCAAACUGAA